GCACGAGACCCUUCGAAUCCCUUGCGUUUGUUCAUUCCUUCCCGUUGCAGCUUACUCCUUUCUGCUGGGGGUUUCGUAAAGUCGCUAGAUGAAGCCACCUGCACGGUCUCUUUUAAGGCUUGCUGGAUCUAGGAAUCUUCCUCAAUCGCCGUCACCACUCCUUCGACAGAUCUGCAGACGAUCUUUUCAGACCCAAUUGAAGCACAAGAGUAUUCCGCCCCUUACGCCUACUCUUCUGCCCACUGGACUCUCCAAUCGUUCUGUUUUUGAGAAAAGAAGCUCUCGAAAAGCUCUCUUCCAUCCUACAACCCCCAGCAUGUGUCGAUUCAUGUCAGAUUCACCUGGUGUGGCCAACACCCAAGGCCGAGUUGUCCUUCCUACCAAUGUCGUUCCAAAACAUUACGACGUGACCCUCGAGGUUGAUUUUGACAAAUUCACAUUCGAAGGAACCGCCAUUAUAGAUCUGGAUGUCGCAAAAGACACCAGCUCCAUCUCCCUGAAUACAUUGGAACUCGAUAUCCACACCACAACCGUCCAUGCAGAUGGGGCCCUGGUCACUUCAUCUCCAACCCUCUCCUACGAUGCUGAUACGCAGACGACGACAAUAGAUCUAGGGAAGUCGGUUAGCAAGGGGCAAAAAGUUCAAUUGAAGCACACAUACACUGGACAGCUGAAUGACAAGAUGGCCGGGUUCUACAGGUCGAAGAGAAGGGACGGGCAGUAUUUGGCUGUGACUCAAUUCGAGGCUACGGACGCUCGGCGGGCACUACCUUGCUUCGAUGAGCCGGCCCUGAAGGCCGAGUUCACCGUGACCCUGAUUGCGGACGAGGACAAGACUUGUUUGUCGAACAUGGACGUUGCGUCUGUUGAGCAUGUGGAUUCCAAGAUUACAGGUGGAAAGCGCAAGGCUGUGAAGUUCACUCGCUCUCCUCGGAUGUCUACCUAUCUUUUAGCGUUCAUCAUCGCCGAGCUGAAGUCUAUUUCAACAGACAAGUUCAGACUACCCAUCAAGGUGUGGAUGACGCCGGAACAGAACGAGGAGGAUGGAAGAUUCGCUCUGGACGUGGCCGCCAAAACUCUAGAAUUCUACGAAAAGGCUUUUCAAGCACCGUACCCCUUGCCAAAGAUGGACAUGGUGGCCAUCCCCGACUUUGCUGCUGGUGCCAUGGAGAAUUGGGGUCUAGUCACGUACCGAGUGGUAGAUCUUCUGUUUGAUCAAAAAUCUGCCGGAGCUGCUACCAAAGAAAGAGUUGCAGAAGUCGUCCAGCAUGAAUUGGCCCACCAGUGGUUUGGUAACCUUGUCACAAUGGAUUUUUGGGAUGGUCUGUGGCUGAACGAAGGCUUCGCUACUUGGAUGAGCUGGUACAGUUGUAAUGAGUUCUACCCAGAGUGGAAAGUAUGGGAGACAUUCGUGAUCGACACUUUGCAAGGAGCGCUGGGCUUGGAUGGACUGCGAAGCUCUCAUCCGAUCGAAGUCCCAGUGCAUCGUGCGGAAGAUAUCAACCAGAUUUUCGACGCAAUCUCCUAUUCGAAAGGCUCUUCGGUUUUGAGAAUGAUCUCAAAGUAUCUCGGGGAGGAUACAUUCAUUGAUGGCGUCAGAAGGUAUAUCAAGAAACACGCCUGGGGCAACACGCAGACCAGCGACUUGUGGGACGCUCUCGGCGAGGCAAGUGGCAAGGACGUCGCACAUGUCAUGGACAUCUGGACCAAGAAUAUCGGAUAUCCUGUGAUCAGUGUGACUGAAAAUGAGACAGACUCAAGCAUCACGGUCAAACAAAACCGGUUCUUGAGGACUGGAGAUGUCAAGCCAGAGGAGGACAAAGUUCUGUACCCUGUCAUGCUCGGUCUGAGAACCAAAGACGGCGUGGACGAAAGUGUCAUGUUGACAGAACGGGAACAGACGUUCAAGAUCAAGGGUGGUUUGGACUUCUACAAGCUGAACGCUGAUCAUUCGGCCUUUUACAGAACGAGCUACACCCCACAGCGACUGACAAAGCUAGGUGAGGCGGCUCAACAGGGCCUUCUUUCUGUGGAAGACCGUGCUGGUAUGAUCGCCGACGCUGGUGCCCUCGCAGCCAGUGGCUACGGCAAGACAUCCGGCAUCCUGAGCCUGCUUCAAUCAUUCAACACCGAAACGCAAUUCGUGGUCUGGAAUGAAAUUCUUACCCGGAUCAAUGCUGUCCGCAACACGUGGAUAUUUGAGGAUGAAUCUACCAAAGACGCUCUCAAGGCGUUCCAGCUGAACUUGUGCUCUGCCAAGGCACAUGAACUUGGUUGGCAGUUUUCCGAGAACGAAGACCACAUUAUGAGCCAGUUUAAGAGCUUAAUGUUCGGCUCCGCAGGCCUAGCUGGGGACAAGAAGAUCCAGGCAGCAGCCAAGGAGAUGUUCAGCAAGUUCCUGGCCGGAGACCAUGCUGCUGUGCAUCCGAAUCUGCGAGCGUCGGUUUUCGCCAUGGUCCUACGUGACGGUGGAGAGAAGGAGUGGGACGCUCUACUUGCGCGAUAUCACUCCGCUCCUACGGCUGAUGAGAAGAACACUUGUUUGCGAAGCUUGGGGCGCGCGAGGAGCCCCGAACUAAUCAAGAAGACCCUACAGCUCGCUUUGAGCGGAGAAGUCAAGAUGCAAGACAUUUACAUGCCUAUUGGCGGACUGGGCACUACCGCAGAAGGCAUUGAGAAGCGGUGGGAAUGGAUGUGCAAGAAUUGGGACGAGUUGGUGGAAAAACUUCCUCCCAGCAUGAGCAUGUUGAGCAGCGUCGUUAGCAUUUGCGUGGGUGGAUUCACCAGCGAGAAGCAGCUGAACCGGGUCGAGGCGUUCUUCCAGGACAAAGACAAGAAGGGUUUCGACCGGAGUCUGCAGCAGAGCCUUGACGCCAUAAGGGCCAAGGCGAACUGGCUGCAACGAGACAGUGAGGAUGUGCUCGGGUGGUUGAAGGAAAACGGUUACCUCGAGAAAGGAAAGCUAUAGGCUUCAUGUGGUCGAAUACCUCGAUCGGAUACUGAGGCGGUACUAACUAGUAGUACCCAGGUAGACUUAAAAAAUGGGUAAAGUACGUGCAGGUAUCUGGGCGAGACGAAAGACUGUACCAGUCGUCGUGUCAAUACUAUCACAUGACACCUAGAGGGACAUUCUAGGGCCA